AAACUUCACGUGACAUGAUUGACAUGCCAAGUCAGUCCACCUGCCACCUUUUGGCUCAGUCGGGUCAUAGCUCAGCAUCUGCCCUGAUCGACCCCUGCACCCAGUCACCGCGCUUCGGCCAUGGCGUGUGGUGUCAAUGUACCGGGCCAGGCAUUGGCCCCCAUCAGCCGCUUGAUGGCGCGCGUGUGGGGCAAUGGCGACAGCAUGUACAAGGAUGCGAAGGUGGCCUUCACAAAACCCAAGACAUCCACCGUGGAGGCCGUGGAGGCACCUGAGGCCACCACCAAGCGUCGCAAGGAGGUGAAGAUUGAUUCCACAACCGUGAUCCCAGCAGACCUCUAUUGGACCAUGCUGAGGGCUGGUGACCGUGCUAAGAAUGGUGGGCAGCAUCGUCUGAAAUCGACGAAUCGCGGCAAUGACUGCACCAUCUUGGUGAAGAGCGAUUGAGGUGCUGAGUGAUGGCCAAGAAGGCCACCAGCUCGUUUCCACUUUUCCACCAGCCACGUAACCAAGACCGAAGAGAUAGG